GCAGAGCGGACCUGCCACUUUAACUGACAAGUCUUAAAUUCUGCCCUGGGAAGCUCUGGGAUGCUGUCAGCCGCCUCAGCAACUUCUUUUCUCAUGCCUGGUAGUUUAGAGUCUCACUGGGGACCGAGAAAUAAAACAGAAAUUGAGGAUUUUUGUUUAAAUUGAGGACUGCCUCUUCUUUUUGUUGGCUGUUUAAAAAUCAUUCAUUCCUCCAGAGUCACAGCGGGUCUAAAUCUGCCUUUUCGCACAGAUAUGGCAGCAAGCAGACCUCACUUGGCAUCACUGGACGCAAAACAGGCCUCUGGACAGCACCGACCAUCCAAAGUGAGCAGGUCAUCAUCAACCAAGAUGGAUCUCAAGAAUGGCCUGGAAGAAUGUGAAGUGGCACUGAAAUUAUUUCUGAAUAACAAAUUUAAAGAUGCCUUAGAAUUGCUUCAACCAUGGGCUAAGGACAGCAUGUACCAUGCCUUGGGCUACAGUACCAUUGUGGUAUUGCAGGCCAUCAUGACCUUCGAGCAACAGGACAUCCAAAAUGGCAUUUCUGCCAUGAGGGACGCCUUGCAAACCUGCCAAAAAUAUAGGAAAAAAAGCACGGUUGUAGAAUCUUUCUCAAGUCUUCUUUCGAGAGGAUCAUUGGAACAGAUGACCGAAGAGGAAAUGCAUGCCGAAAUCUGUUAUGCUGAGUGUCUCCUACAGAAAGCAGCACUCACCUUUGUGCAGGAUGAAAAUAUGAUCAAUUUCAUCAAAGGUGGACUCAAAAUUAGGACGAGUUACCAUAUAUAUAAAGAAUGUCUUUCUAUCCUGCAUAUACUUCAGAAGAACAAAGUUGAGCAACAGUUCUUCCAUGAGUUUGAAGGGGGUGUCAAACUUGGAAUAGGGGCCUUCAAUUUGAUGCUGUCCCUCUUGCCAGCACGGAUUAUCAGACUACUAGAAUUCAUAGGAUUUUCUGGAAAUAGGGCACAAGAGAUAUUUCGAAAAUGCAUUUCAGUUCAAGAAGAAUGGAAACAGUUUCACCAUCUCUGUUAUUGGGAGCUGAUGUGGAUUAAUAUAUUCCAGCAAAACUGGAUGAAGGCGUAUUACUAUUCAGACCUGCUUUGCAAAGAGAGCAAAUGGUCCAAGGCAACGUAUGUGUACUUGAAAGCUGCGAUUUUGAGUAUGCUUUCUGAGGAGGAAGUAGAAGCAACUAAAGAGAAUGUGGUAACUUUAUUCAGACAGGUGGACAGCUUGAAGCAGAGAAUUGCCGGGAAGUCCAUCCCUACAGAGAAGUUUGCCGUGAGGAAGUCUCGCCGUUACUCCGCCUCGUUGCCUGCACCUGUGAAGCUCGUCUUGCCUGCCCUGGAAAUGAUGUACAUCUGGAAUGGUUUUCCAAUAGUGAGCAAAAGAGAAGACCUCUCCGAAAAUCUGUUGUUAACUAUUGAAAAGGCUGAGACAACUUUACAAAAUCAAAACUGCAGCGACUACCUGGUGGACGACGAGUGCCUGCUGAAGCUGCUGAAGGGGUGCUGCCUGAAGAACUUGCAGCGGCCCCUGCAGGCGGAACUGUGCUUCUCUCAUGUCAUCCAAAGUGAAAAGCUGCUGAAGUUUGACCACUACCUGGUGCCAUUUACUCUGUUUGAGCUGGCGUUUUUGUACAAAAGCCAAGGGGACAUUGACAAGGCCUUUAAGGCCCUGGAAACUGCAAGAAACAACUACAAAGAUUACUCCAUGGAGUCUAGACUGCACUUCAGAAUUCAGGCAGCUCUUCAACUCUGGAGAAAGCCUUCCUCACACUGAUCAGAGCCUGGAAGAUGGAUGGAUUGCCCCUCCGUGAACCCACAUCUGCUAUAGAUUAGCCCUUGUAUUAAAGUGGAAAAGUGAUCUUGUGAAUGAGAGAAAAAAAUAAUUUUAUUGUCAAUAUUUUCUAUCAUGUGUGUGGUUUACUGCUGUUCUACGUGAAUGUGUCCUCCCCCCUCCCCCCAUGGAAUAAUGUUCAGUACAAUCUAGAAAAUUAUUAUAUUUUGCCUCUUCAAAAAGAAUUUCAUAUUAGGUUUCAAUUGGAGAGGGGAAGUCUUUUAAAGGACUCACAGGUACAAUAAAGUCUAAUCAGAUUAUUUAUUUUUUUUAAUAUGGAAAUUAAUAUUGUUUAAGUAGCAAAUGGCUUACAAGUUGAGCCUUUUUUAGAUCUGUUGGUCAGUUAAACUUCAGAGUUAUUUUGUUGCCUAGAAAUUAAAUUUCAGAGGGGAAAUAAAAUCACUUACAUUCAAAAUAGCUUAAUAACCUCCUGAAAAAGACAGGCAGUGGUGUGAACAGGGAUGGGAUCAUGUCGUUAAAAGGUUGAAAAGACCUGUAUCUAGCAGAGAUGGUGAAAUAUUGUUAGUGUUUUUUUUUAUUCAUCAUGUAAAUUAAAUGUGGUGGCAUUUUUGAGAGACUAUCUUGUUUUUGAAUGUACUUAAGUCUAUUAUAAUAACAAAAAUUUUAAAAAUGUGUAUCUAAAGGGAAGAAAAAUUAUAUUUUAGACAAUAUCCUUAGCAAUGAUAGCCUGAAAUAUAUAUAUAUACAUUGAUUAUUUUUCUUAUAUGAAGCAAAGUUCCUGCUGCUUUAAAUGAUAUGUAAAAUAUUAAUAAUUUUUACAUUCAUGAUGUUGGUGAGUAAGAUCUAAUUUUCUAAUCUCUCUAGCACUGUGUCGGUUCCUUGUAAAUAUCUGAACUGUGUUUAGUCCUUUCAUUUUGGAAAUGCAAUCGGGACAUUGAGUGGGAGAGAGUCCGACUCCAUGUGGUCCUGGCUCUGCUACUGGUUAGCAGUUACCAGAGUGACCUUGAUGGAGCCCCCGCUCUCUGUAAAAUGGAAAAAGAAAGGAUGAUUAUCAAGGUCUCCUUCAGUUUUAGAACUGUCAGUAUUUUAGGUAUUUAUUUUCAGCAAACAAUGUUAAAAUGUUUAAUCCGAGUCACUCCCGCUUAGAGUAUAUUUUUAUUUUGCAGUCAUCAACUCCCAACCCCCAAAUAUGUGUGUUUUGUGAAUCAGGACCAGUUUGUAUUCUGAGUGAGGAAAACCAUCUGGGAAUCCGUGAGUCAGGGUUUUGUCCUAUUCCUGCCUCUGUUUUGAAGACUAACUUGUCAUGGAAGCCGAUGCAGUUUAACAGAAACCGCCUCAGAUUGGGAGCCAGGAGCUCAUCUCUAUUAGUUAGUAGUUCCUCACCCUGCAGCAAGCCAUUCAUCUCUUCUGGGACUCAGUUUCCCUAAUGGGGAUGGUCUCACGGAGCGUGGUGCUGGUGAGGGCUCAGUCAGGUAAUGCAGAGUCAUAUGCAUGGCUUUGUGUGAACUGUGAAAGGCCAUAUGAACAUGCGUUGUAAUGAUCACGGUUUUUAUGCACCAAUUAUAGUAUCAGUACAGAGGUAUUGGCUGAGUCUGUGUUCUCUGAUGUAAAAGGAGAAAAGCAUGGAAAUUCUAUCACCUGUCAAUGUAUUCACGUAUUUGACGCUGGCCGUGGCCCAGAUUACAAAUUUAUUUCUUGCUACUUAUUCCCUGUGACAUGAGCCUGUCCUCGCAGGUGUUGGCCUUGUUUUCUUUAAGGUAUUUGUCCAAUACUGAGAAUGCGUUUCAACAGAAGAUGUUAAUACAGUCCGAGUCAAAUGGUCUGGUGGAAGAUCUGAAUAUGUGCUAUUACAUGCAUUAUGUAACUGACUGCAGGUCCAGACAAAAGAGGAAAUAAAAUAAACUGUCAUUACAACUA